ACGUCCCCGAGUACAUGGGCAAGGCCCCUCGCAAGAGGAAGCGCACGGUGGAACCAUCACGCGCACGCAAGAAGUUCGCUUCACUCGACAGCGGCGAUGAGGGUUCGGAUUCCAACGCUGGGGACGACCUUGAGGAUGAGCAUUAGGGGAACAAGCCUCUGGAUGGGCGUUAAAUCGCGGAAAAACUCUCCUCACUGAAGUUGCAGUCCAAGGAGUUUAGGGCUUCCAGAAGAGGCUGACCGUUGAGAUCGAUAAACUGAACACCACAAUCAAUGACGACCGUCGAGAUCAAUGAACUGAACACCACAAUCAAUGGUGCGAGGGCAUGGCCAUGAGCCCCGACGAGGGCGUCUCGGCCGAGAUGCAGGAGGUGGAGCACGAGCUUGAGGAGAAGGAGAACCUGGCUCGGAAGCAGGGCCGCAGGCGUGGCUCGGUCUCUCCGUACGCCCUCGAGAUGGGCAUGGGUGGCAGCGAACGCAAGGCCAGGUCCAAGAACUCCCGCUUCCCCACGCCGCCGCGGAGCCCGUCGUCGUCGCGCAGCCGGAGCCGCAGCCCAUCGAGGCGGCGGCCCUGCCUGGGUGCAGACGACCUCACCGCUCGCCUGAAAAACUUCGACAUGGAGGAGACGGCUGCAUGCAUCAAGGGAAGAAAUGCUUGCCAUGAUUGCUGUGUAUACCCUCGCGGGUACUCCUCAGUCUAUACGGUGCAGCUCCUGUUGAGGUCAUCUCUGGCGGGCGGCUUGAUUUUGGACCUGAGGAGAGACUCCGGUCCCUGGUGCGGUGUCUUCCGAAGUUUUUCAGGCGAGCGCCCAGCAGCAGAUGGAGCAGCCCAGCGGCAAAUGUUAGUAAGUUCCCUGCUCUUGUUCAAUCAGUUCUCGCCGUUGCACAUCGUCUCCUACACAACCUUCGUCUUUUCCUUCGUCUUCCACACAACCCUCAUCUUCUUCUACACAACCUUCUUCUACGGAGCCUUCGUCUUCUCCUUCGUCUUCCACACAACCCUCAUCUUCUUUUACACAACCUUCUUCUACGGAGCCUCCGUCUCCUACACAACCUUCGUUUUCUCCUUCGUCUUCCACACAACCCUCAUCUUCUUUUACACAACCUUCUUCUACGGAGCCUCCGUCUUGUACACAACAUUCACCCCCGUUUAUUACACAACCUUCAUCUUAUUCUUCUGCAACCUUGCACUGUCCACAGCAAAGCCAAACAGCGCUCAUAAUGGCACGCAAGGGAGCAAACCGACCCGCUUCCAGAAGAUGUAUGCGCGGAGCCUUGAGAUUGCCAAUGCGCGGCGACCCGAGGUUAUAGCUGCUUGCGCCGCCGACAUGAGAAUGCCGGAGCCCCAACUAGCCCCGGAGGAAGAUAACUGGGAUGCUUCCCCUGAGGCCCCGACGUCCGACUCUGGUCCCUGUGCCCCAGCCCAGCUGCUUACAAUCGAGCAACUCCAAGGCCACUACUCUAAGAGUGUAGGCUCGGGAAAGGCGGUCUUGGCUGAGCUUACCAAAGAGAACGUGGACGAGGUCGACAAAAAGCUGAUCGGCCUCAACGAGCGGAUCCUGGACGCCCCCCAGCAGCAGAUGGAGCAGCCCAGCGGCAAAUGGCACCAAAGUCGUGCUCAUGUGGCCGAGGAGGACGUUGGCCGCCUUGCGAGGGUCCAAAACGAGCAGAUAAAGGUCGAAAAGAGGGAGGUCUUGGGCCUCACGUCGGCGAGGUUGCCAAGUACUACCCGAGCCCGGAGAACUUCCUCGGCAGCGCAGGCCUGGGGUGCCCAGGCUGGCGGCGACAAUCCCUUCGCGCAGCUAUGGAUGGUGUACGCCAAGGCCGAUAAGCGCUGGGCUGGCGCCGACCUGGGUGUCAUCAGCCUUGAGCUGUUCUUCCGCUGCCGCGGCCGUCCUGGCUUCUCCCUCCUUUGGCUCGACGCCCAUGGCCCCGAGGAGGCAAGCAUCAUUGGCACCUACGAUGUCAAAUGCCAGGAAGUGGAGGAACGCUGGCCAGACAAGUGCCAGGACGGUCUUACCAUUACCAUCAGCACAACGACCCAGCCUCACAUCUUUGUCGGUACCUUCCGCUUGGGCCCGCACAGGGGCAUAAUGCUUAUUUCGGCCAGAAAGUACCGCAUUUCGCGGUACAGUGAUAAUGUGGAGCAUGGGAGCAAGAACAUAGGGACCACCGCCGCCAACAUUGCCAUCACAGCCGCCGCCAUCACAGCCGCCGUCGCCAUCACCACCAUUACUUUCCCAAGGGACUUCUUUGCUGCCUACAGCAACUACCAGAUCCUAGCCGCACUCAACGGCAACAGCUCGGCCAUGUACAUGCUCGGCCUGAUGCACUCGACAGGCGUUGGCGGCGUUGCCGAGCGUGACCAGGCCAAGGCCCUGCUCUACUACACCUUUGCAGCCCUCCGCAGUCACACGCGCGCGCAGAUGACGGUUGCCGUGAGGCACGCGGCCGGCAUCGGGACCGCCAAGAAGCGUGAGGAGGCGUGCAAGUACUACAAGCUGGUCGCCGACAAGGCCAUCGAGUGGUACAGGUCCGGUCCGCCCGGUGGUAUGGGCUGGGCUUCCGAGUCGCACCGCAUCGCCGACGGGUCUACCGUUGCCGCCGCCACCGCUGCUCUUGCCUCUGCUCUGGCCGCCGCCGUCGCCGCCGCCACCACCACCACUGCCACCACUACCGCUACCAUUACCACCACCACAACUGCUGCCGCCGCCGCCGCUGCCACAACCACAGCCGCCGCCACCAUAACCACUACCACAACUGCAGCCGCCGCCGCCAUAACCACCACCACAACUGCAGCCGCCGCCGCCGCUGCCACAACCGCCGCCGCCGCCGCCGCUGCUUUUGCCUCUGCAUCAGAGUUCAUAUUGUGUUGCUGUGAGCACGACUUUGGUGAUUUCCGCAAGUGGCGUUUGCAAGACUUUCGAACAAAGCGAGCGGUGAUUGACGAGGUAUUGCGAGCUUCCCAUUCAUGAAGCGGGCGCCCUUACCGGUGAGGUCCCACUCCUGGGCGCUGAGGGUGUGCUUGAUGGGGAAUCGCGUUGCGCUGUU